CGAACAGGGAAGAGAAGGUGUUUGAGAAGAGGGGAAGGUAGCUGAAACUGCAGAAGGAAAAACACCGGAAAAGAUCAUAAAUCACAGAUCGAUCACCUCCGAUUCUAAUUCCGAUUCCGGCUACGUUCUCGCAUUUAUUAUUUGUCUGCUUCAACUGGUGCUCAGACAACCUUUCUCUGUGGGUGGUUUGAGCUCAAGCAACAUAAAAAAAUGGUUCUAGACAAGAAUGCGAUUCAGGAAACCCAUUAUAAGGUUCUUAAUGUGAAAGAAGAUGCAAAUUAUGAAGAAAUUCGUGCGAGUUAUCGCAGUGCUGUACUCAGCUUACAUCCUGAUAAGCUAUUGAAGUCGUCGGAGACAUCCAACAGUAAUGAAAUAAAUGGAGAGAGAUUUCUGAAAGUACAGAAGGCAUGGGAAAUUCUGAGUGAUUCAAGCUCCCGCUCUUGUUAUGAUAAGGAGCUGCGAAGCACAAGACAGGAUUUCUUGGCUGCUGAAGUUGCGGAGGAUUUAAGCUUAGAGGAUAUGAUGGUUGAAGAUGCUGGAGAAGCAUUGGAACUGUUGUAUCAAUGCCGAUGCGGUGAUUACUUUUCUGUAGAUUCAUUGGAACUGAAGAAAAUGGGAUAUUCCUUAUUGAGGGAGGGAAGUGGGAUAUCUAUACUCAAUGUUGAUACUUUACCAGGAUCGGUGAUUCUUCCUUGUGGAUCUUGUUCAUUGAAAGCUCGUCUGUUAAUCAGUAUGGAUGACAUUUGAAAUUAAAUUAUUACCAAUUUUUGGUAUGAAUACUAACUAUUUAGAUCA